AUGUCCAGGACAACCACCACUCCAGCCAAGAAUUCGAUUCGCUCCCUCCCGUCGACGGCGGCAAGCCAGGCGUGGCUUUUCCUUGCCGCGUGCUUCGCCAUCGAGGUGCUCGUAUGGGGCUUCCCCUUCGCCUUUGGUGUCUUCCAAAAUUACUAUUCCACCAACGCCCCCUUCGCCGGGCAACCGAACAUCGCCGUCAUCGGCACCUGCGCCAUGGGAAUCAUGUACCUCUCGGGCUUCCUCGUAAUCGGCCUCCUCCGCCUCUUCCCCCACCAGAGCCGCCACGCACCCAUCGUGGGCCUCUUCAUCAUGUGCAUCGCCCUCGCCAUGUCCUCCUUCUCCCAAACUGUGCCCCACCUCAUCGUGACUCAGGGCGUCUUCUACGCUGUCGGCGGCUCCAUCGCUUACCUGCCCUGCAUCCUCUACAUGGACCAGUGGUUCGUCCGCCGCAAGGGCUUCGCCUACGGCGUCAUGUGGUCCGGCACCGGCCUCGGCGGCUACCUCCUCGGCACCGUGGGCUUCCGCACGACGCUGCGCAUCUGGUCCGGCGUCCUCUUCGGCCUCACCGCGCCCCUCGCCUUCUUCAUCAAGCCGCGCCUGCCCGUCUCGCAGAUGUCGCUCUCGCCCAUCCACGCCGCGCCCUUCAACAACCUCAAGUUCAUGCUGAGCCGCCCCUUUGUGCUGCACCAGCUCGCCAACAUCGUCGAGGCGCUGGGCUUCUUCCUCCCGGGCAUCUACCUGCCCAUGUACGCCCAGAGCUCGCUCGGCGCCUCGGCCUUCCCGUCCGCGCUGACGCUGCUCCUCGUCAACGUCGCCUCCGUGUUCGGCUGCAUCGGCAUGGGCUCGCUCGUCGACCAGUUCUCGGCCCCGUCGUGCAUCAUGCUCGCCAGCGUGGGCGCCGCGCUCGGCACGUUCCUCAUCUGGGGCUUCUCGUCCAGCCUGGGCGUGCUGUACCUCUUCUGCGUCGUGUACGGGCUCUUUGCUGGCGCGUAUACGUCGACGUGGCCCGGCAUUAUGAAGCAGGUCACCGAUCCCGAACGUGAAAAGGAGCGCGGCGUCGACUCGAGCAUGGUCUUUGGCAUGUUGGCUGCCGGGCGUGGUAUCGGCAACGUCAUCUCGGGACCGCUGAGCGAGGCCUUGAUCAGCGGUUCCCCGUGGAAGGGCGAGUUGGCGCAUGGGUACGGCAGCGGGUACGGCACCUUGAUCAUCUUCAUGGGCGUGACUGCUCUCAUGGGCGGAGCGAGCUUCUUCUGGAAGAGGAUCGGGUGGUUGUAG